CACCGCCAUCUUCACUGGGCGCCGCCGCCGCCGGGGCCCGGUGCGACCCCUCACACACACAGAGACACACACACACACCCCGCUGCCCGCCCGCCUCUGCCGCCGGGGGUGUCCCCGUGGGGCACAGCGGGGCCGCCCGGUGCUGCCAGUGCUGCCGGCUCCCGGUGGGAGCGCGGCUCAGGCACACCGCGGGCACACGCCCCGCGGCUCCGUGCCCGGAGCCCCGACAGUUGCCGAGUCACCGCCGGGCGGGGCCGCCGCGGGCGGGGCGGGGCCGGGCGGGGCGAGCGCCGCAGCGGGACCAGUCGGCAGCUCCUGCAUCCCGGCCGCCAGCAUCCUCCGCACCGGGCCCGCACCCCCGCGGCCCCGGCCUCGGCGGGGCCAUGGCCGAGAUCACCAGUGUCCACCCCGGCUUCGAUGUGUCCCCCGUGGUGGCCGGGCUCAUCGGCGCCACCGUGCUGGUGGUGUCCGUCUCCGUCACAGUCUUUGUGUGGACAUGCUGUCACCAGCAAGCAGAAAAGAAGCACAAAACCCCCCCUUACAAAUUCAUCCACAUGCUGAAAGGCAUCAGCAUCUACCCGGAGACCUUGAGCAACAAGAAGAAAAUCAAGCGGAUCCGCCGAGACAAGAGCGGCGCGGCCGCGGAGGGCGGCGGCGGGGGCGGCCUGCUGCUGGACGCUGCCGAGGCCGGCCUGGCGGGCCCCGGCAAGGCUCCGGACGGACCCCCGCAGGUGGAGCAGCUCCCCAUCAAGGUGGAUUACGGAGAUGAACUCAGCCCAGAUCAAAGCCUCACUCCGGGAGGAAGCAAAACCUCCUCUCCCUCUUCUCCGGGCGACGACGUGAUGCUGGGAGAGCUGACUUUCUCCGUGGACUACAACUUCCCCAAAAAAGCGCUGGUGGUCACCAUCCAGGAGGCGCACGGGCUGCCCGUGAUGGAUGAGCACACGCAGAGCUCCGACCCUUACAUCAAGAUGACCAUCCUGCCCGACAAGAGGCACCGCGUCAAGACCCGCGUGCUGCGCAAGACCCUGGAGCCCGUGUUCGACGAGACCUUCACGUUCUACGGCGUGCCCUACAGCCAGCUGCAGGACCUGGUGCUGCACUUCCUGGUGCUCAGCUUCGACCGCUUCUCCCGCGACGACGUGAUCGGGGAGGUGAUGGUGCCGCUGGCGGGCGUGGAUCCCAGCACGGGCAAGGUGCAGCUCACCCGGGAGAUCCUCAAGAGGAACAUCCAGAAAUGCAUCAGCAGGGGGGAGCUGCAGGUGGCCCUGUCCUACCAGCCCGUGGCACAGAGGAUGACGGUGGUGGUGCUGAAGGCCAGGCAUUUGCCAAAGAUGGACAUCACCGGCCUCUCAGACCCCUACGUCAAGGUGAACGUUUACUACGGCCGCAAGCGCAUCGCCAAGAAGAAGACGCACGUCAAGAAGUGCACGCUGAACCCGGUGUUCAACGAGUCCUUCAGCUACGACAUCCCGGCCGAGCUGCUGCCCGACGUCAGCGUCGAGUUCCUGGUGAUCGCCUUCGAGCGCACCACCAAGAGCGAGGCCGUGGGGCGGCUGGUGCUGGGCGCGCACAGCGGCAGCGCCGCGGGCACCGAGCACUGGCGCCAGGUGUGCCACGGCACCGGCGGCAGCGUGGCACAGUGGCACAGCCUGAGCGAGUACUGAGCGCCAGCCCGGCGCUGGGUGUGCCCGACGCUGCCCUGGCACCGGGACUGGCUGGGGUGGGUGGGUGCAGAGAGGAGGCGGCGGCUGGGUUGGGGUGGGUUGGGGUGGGUUGGGAAAUGGGAAAUGGGGAAAUGGGGAAUGGUCGGGAUUGGGAGCUGGGCUUUGGCACCAGCGGGUUUGUGAGGUGGUGAAGGGUUUUAGAAUGGGCAAUGGAUUGUGCAAAAAUGAAUAAAUAAAUUGGGGAAUAAAUUCUAAGGAAGACGUAAUUAAAAAUAACAGUUCUCUUUAGUUCAAGUAAAGGGUUUUAAAAAAUGGGGAAUAAAUUGUACAAAAAAAAAAUUGGGGAAUAAAUUAUAAGGAAGACGUAAUUAAAAAUAAAAGUUCUCUUUAGUUCAAGUAAAGGGUUUUAAAAUGGGGAAUAAAUUAUAAAGAAGAAAUAAGUUUAAAAAAUUCUCCUUAGUUAACGUGCUUUUGCAAGGUAGUAAAGGGUUUUAAAAUGGGGAAUGGAUUCUGCAAAAAUAAAUAAAUAAAUAAAUUGGGGAAUGAAUUCUA